AUGCUUAAGAGUGAAGGUCUUCGUUUAUUAUCGGCCUUGUGCAAUUUGCGUCAUACAUUAAAAAAUUUAUACUGCUGGAACAUUUUUGGGAAGAUGGAAAAUCUUAUUUCAGAACAUUACAGGAACGUUGUUAAUUCAAAAGUUUUCUUUAAUAAAUAUAGAAUUGAACAAUUUAAUGAAUGUUUAAAAGCUUUAGGAAGUUUAGAUAAAUUAACUACUAUUUCAUUAAACUAUAUUUACUUAGCUAUACCAAAUGAAGAGUCACUCAUUGAAUUAGCUAACAAUAUAACUUGUCAUUUUUUUACAUCAGUUCGAAUAACAGGAUAUGAACAGCAACAACACUUUCUCACGGAAAAUAUACCGCUUCAUACUCUAGUAUUAUCAUCAGAAGUUGAUCUAGAAACUCAGACUCCACUGAUGGUUGACUGUUUUAUCAAACUCCUCUGGUCUUGGUAUCCGGAAACUCUAGUUGAUUUAAACUUACGAUUAUGGCAUCAACGUGAAGAUUUAGAUCAUCUCUUGAAAAAUAUCUUUAUCAAUUUACCCAAAUUAGAAACUUUUAAGUUCAUGGGAGAAAUUAAAACUCUACAAACUAUUUCCACAAUGUGUUGUCAAAUUCAAAUGAAGCAAUCAAGUAAUGUUCUCAUUAGAAUUCUCAUCAUGGUUUAAAAAUUAUUUAAAUAUUUACUUUAGAAG